AUGGUUCCACCUUUGAACGUUUACAAAUUUUACAAACAAACUGAGGUAGGACAACUCAGUGUGCAUGAAUUUCAGGCUACGUGGUACAUUUAUGGUGUGUCAGGAUUUCAGAGUUGGUCCAAUUUAAUAUUUCUUUUCUCUGUAUUCCAGAAAAAGGCAUGGCAUACGAUUAAAACCAUGGUUAACUUACCUGUCAUCAGCCCCUUCAAGAAACGCUACUCAUGGGUGCAGCUGGCCGGGCAUACAGGGAGUUUCAAAGCAGCUGAUAGUGGGAAGAUUCUCAAGCGCUUCUCAGAGAAUGAAAAGGACUGUUUCGAGCGCCUGAUGAAAGAUCCGCUGCGCUCCUGUGUUCCCUGCUUCCAUGGUGUAGUGGAGAGAGAUGGCGAGAGCUACAUUCAGCUAGAUGACUUGCUUACGGAUUUUGAAGGGCCAUGUGUGAUGGAUUGCAAGAUGGGGAUCAGGACAUAUCUAGAGGAAGAGUUGACAAAGGCACGUGAGAAACCAAAGCUGCGUAAGGACAUGUACAAGAAAAUGAUUGAAGUGGAUCCUCUUGCUCCUACAGCAGAAGAGAAUGCGCAGCAUGCUGUCACCAAGCCCCGAUACAUGCAAUGGAGGGAAACCAUCAGCUCCAGUGCCAACCUGGGCUUCCGGAUCGAAGGGAUUAAGAAGGCAGAUGGAACAUGUAACACAAACUUCAAAACUACGAAGACACAUGAGCAAGUUCUCCAGGUUUUUGUGGAAUUCAUUGAGGGUAACACAACAAUUCUGAAAAAAUACCUCAAGCGUCUGCAGGAAAUUCAUGACAUUCUUGAGUCCUCAGACUUCUUCAAGCGACAUGAGGUCGUUGGAAGUUCACUGCUUUUUGUACAUGACGACAGUGGGAAUGCCAAUGUGUGGCUGAUUGAUUUUGGAAAGACCACCCUUCUGCCUGAUGGGCAGACGCUGGAUCACAGAAUUCCAUGGCAAGAAGGCAACAGGGAAGAUGGGUACCUGUUGGGACUAGACAAUUUGAUUGGCAUCUUGGAAAGCAUCACUGAAAGAUGAGAUGAUGAGUGUGGCACAAAACUCAUAGGGCUGCUUUGUAACUUUCCGCUCUACUGGGAUCGCUCAGUUAGAUGGAAACCUCUUCAAUUCCCUCCCAGUUUUGCGGGGGUCAUUAUACUGCAGAGGGAGCUGCAUCCAGAGCCCAGCUGUUAGUGAUCAAAAUGACUGCAUCAGCCCUCUGAACCUGAACAACUCCAGCUUGGUCUGUAUUGCACCAGCCUAACCUCGGACUGGUCCGCAGAGAAUCGGGAUCUGCAUGCUCAGGCAUCACACCAGCAUGAGUCAAGAGGUCUGUAUGGGAAA